AUGGAAGUGAAAGAAGUUGAGGGGUGUCUUGAAACUAAGGGACAGGGUGGCAAAGAUCUGAACCCAAGGAAAGCAGGAGAUGGGGAGGUCAGCUGCAAUGAGGGUACAGGUCGGAUCAGGUUAGUGAGGGAGGAGGGGGGUGAGGGUGCCAAGAUUGACCUCCUGGCUGCCACGCCCUUAGUGAUGAGUGAGGAGGGCGUGGUGUACCAGUGCUUCCCACUGUCAGAGCAGGAGAUGAUCAUCGUCAGUCUGGAGGAGGGAAGGCUGAUGCCUGGAGAAAUGCUACAGGCAUCUACAAUUCCCUCUUCUUCAUCCUCCUUGCCUCCCUCCUCCUCCUCCUCCUCCUCCUCCUCCUCCCUGCCUCCCUCCUCUUCCUCCUUGCCUCCCUCCUCCUCCUCCCUGCCUCCCUCCUCCUCCUCCUUGCCCCCAGUGCCUGCCUUCCCUCUCGCCGCAAAGAUUAUAGUGUGUGACAACAAGGACCACAGUGCCACAGUCUCCAAGGGUGUCACCAGGCCUCAGAGAAGUGCCAUGAAGGACAAGAAGAGGCACCAUGUCACAGGAAGCCAGGCUGCCAAAGAGGCACACCAACAGGCACUUGUGGCGGCUCCCAGCGAUGGCACACGAGGCAGAGGGGUGGAGGAGGCAGCGUGUGAUUGGCUGCGGUGCUCCCUGUGCCCCAAGGUGCUGCCCUCCAGCGGCACCCUGCGCCACCACUUUGCCACGGCACACGGCGACGUGCCCGUAACACAGCACCAGUGUGCGGUGUGCCUGGAGGAGUGUCUUGGGGAGGGCCAACUGGCGUGGCACCUGCGGCACCAGCAUGGCAUCAGGGCAGCGGCGGCGGCAUGCAUGGUGUGUGGCGUUCAGCUGGCCACGCCCGCUGAGUGCCGGGCACACAUGCGCAAGCACCCGGCCACGCGGCCCUGCCCGGCCUGCACCCAGCGGUUCCCCAGCCCCCAGCAGGUGGCCAUGCACCUGCAGCAGCACCACCUGCCGGCCCUGCUGCCACACGCCUGCCCACUGUGUGCUGCACGCUUCAGCAGCCCCGCCGCCCUCCAGGCACACGGCUGGCGGCACUCACCCCAGGCCUGCCCACACUCGGGCUGCCGGCACCAGGCCCAGGACGAGAGCUGGCUGCUGGUGCACCUGCAGCGACACCACCAACAGCACCAGCACCACCACCGCCAACAUCACCACCACCAACAACAACACCUCCACAGCCUCACAGCACAGAGGGAUGCCAGUGACCGCCUGCUGGACCACCUGCUGUCUUGCUAUGCCCACCCCGGCCCCGGCACCCCUCAGGCCCCGGCACUGCCUCCCCCUGAGGGCCAGGGCAAGACUGAGCAGCAGCCUGGGGUGUCUGCUGGCCCUAGGGAGAGGCAGCAGGAGGAGGAGGUGGUGGGUGUGGUGCAGGCCCUGGUGGAGGCUGUGGCCAGGGUGGAGGAGGAGGGGGAAAGGGGCCACCCACAACACCUGGUGCCACUGGCCAGGGGUGGAGUCAGCCCUGCCAUGCACCGCUGUGGCCUGUGCAACAUUUACCUGCCCUCAGCGGCUGCCCUCGCCACACACAAGGCCUGCCACUCACAGGUCAUGAAGUGCCUGCAGUGUGACAAGUCCUUCCAGAGCAUGAAGCAGCUCAAGUGCCACACGGCCGUGCACGGCAGCCAAGCGACACCUGGCACGGCGGAACAAACAGGCGGUGUUUGUCAGUGCCUGGAGUGUGGCCGCACGUGUGGCUCAGAGUCUGCGCUCAGCCGGCACCGCGCCACCCACAGCCAGGUUCCGCAGGGCCACCACCAAUGCCAAGUGUGCCAACGCAGGGUGGCCACUCGCUCCCACCUCGCCGAACACAUGGCCAGGGUGCAUAAGGUCCAUGGUGAGUCCAGGCGGCAUCAGUGUUGUGUGUGUGAUCGCAGAUUCACCUCCAAGGCUCGGCUCCUGGCGCACCAGCAGACACACCAAAACAGUGGCAGCGGUGAUGGCGAUGGAGGUGGCACUGGCAAUAGAGUGUGGAGGUGCCAGGAGUGCCACAAGGUCUUCACUCGCCAGGGCACGCUGCAGAGGCACAUGGCAGCACACAGGCACGGCAAGUUUGUGUGUGGCGAGUGUGGCGACAGCCUUGCCUCGGCUUACCACCUUGCCACACACACACGCACCCACCAUGCAGCCAACAAGACCAGGCUGCCAUGCCCACACUGCCUCCAGAAGUUUGCCUACAAGAGCCACCUCAAAGUUCACCUCAGGAUUCACACUGGGGAGAGGCCGUACGUGUGUGAGACCUGCGGGAAGUGCUUCAAGCGUCUCCAGCAAUGCAAGGUCCACCGCCGCACCACACACAGCAAGCAGCGCGAGGCCUGCGUGGAGUGUGACCGCACCUUUGGGGACAAGACCAAUCUCAUGCGACACAGACUGCUCGUACACCACCACCUCAAGCGAUGGGUGUGUGGUGUGUGUGCCCAGAGCUACGCCUACUCCCAGGACCUGCGGAAACACCUCCUCAAGAAACACAGCUUGGCCUUCCAGACACUGAAUGCUGCCACCAAGAAGACAAGACAUGAGGUGUACGUGGUGCCAGAGGGGGGGGUGCCGGGCAUGACCAAGGAGGCGAGGCAGACCGUGGAGAGUGUGUGUGAGGUGGAGCGGCGCAAGGUGGAGCAGGUCUUGGCCAGCACCCACAACUCACUAAGGGACUCCACCUCCACCUCCACUAGUACCAACACCACUACUAGUAUCAACACCUCCACCACCACCAAUGUCCCUCUGAAUAGGGUGCCAUGUGUGGAGUGUGGCACUGGGUUACCACAAGGCCUGGGGCAGUGUGGAGUGUGCGGUGGUGGUGUUGGUGGUGGUGGUGGCGGCGGUGGUGUUGAGCCGCAGGUGGUGUUUCAGUGCUCAGUGUGUGGUGUUAAGUAUGGCAGCCAGGCCCAGUGUGUGGCACAUGUCACCACCACACACUGCUCACACCCACCACCACCACCACCACUCCUACCACCACCAUCCCCACCACCACCACCACCACUGUUCCUGGCACCACCACCGCCACCACCACCGUGCCUCAUACAACUGCCAGUCACUCUCCUACCACCACCACCACCACCACCAGUGAAGGCAGAUGCAAGUGUGUUAGUACAGUGCCCCAGUGUUGGCACUGUCCCCCCACUGUCCCUGCUGCCAGUGCCACCCAGCCUAGGGGAGAGCCAGGCACUGUGCACCAUUACCUUCACUGCCCAGGGUGAGGAUGGGGUCAUGCCACCACCACCACCUCCCUACAUCACCACCACCACCACCACCCUCACCAAUAACACCUCUUUUCUGGUGGUGACUCCUGCCUCAUCUACCACCACCACCACCACCACCACCAGGCCUGCACCUCCACCACCACCACCACCACAGCCAGCACCAGUCCUGGAUGACAAGGUGUAUGAAGGGCCUCAAAGAACCACCACCACCACCAGUACUACCUCCACCUCCACCACCACCGCCACCGCCACCACAUCCGUCGCCAGCGUGCUCUUGGCCCUGGCGGACCCUCCUGGCAUCAUCUUCUCAGCAGAAGACCAAUGUGCAGUGGAGGAGUCUGAUGCCAGCCCUGCCACUGCAUCCCAUCGCCCAGACACUAGCGGGGACCAGACUCAGCCUUCCACUGUGUCCUCGCAGGAGGAGGAGGAGGAGGAGGUGGAGCAGGAUGGAGGUGCAGGUGGAGGUGGAGGAAAGGGAGGUGCAUCAGUGAGGGAGGUGAGCGUGGAGAUCAUGCACCACCCAACACCACCCGUGAUGUACACCAAAACUCCUCUCAACACCACCAGCGCAACACCACGCAACACCCAUAAGAAGGUCAUGGCAGAUGGGAGUCAUGAGGGGUCAGGUCAGGGCACGACCGCCACUCUACCCUUCAAGUGUGGGACAUGCGGGAAGCCCUUCAGGUCAUCGGGUCAGCUCCGGAAGCACCAGCACACACAUGGCGGGCGGCGCUACGAAUGUGGUGUGUGUGCCAAGCCCUUCACCGAGAAGUACAACCUCAAGACGCACAUGUUGACGCACACACAGGAACGCCCACAUGUGUGUACCCUGUGCCUCAAGGCCUUCAGGUAUACCCGGGAUCUGGCAGAGCACAAGAGGGCCCAUGAGGGUGCUAAGCCACACCGGUGUACAGAGUGCAGCAGAAGCUUUGUGCGGCAGAGGGACUACGCCAGGCACUACAGGGAGCAGCACAGUGCCACCAGACACCAGUGCCGCAUUUGUGGAGCCUCCUUCAAGCGCCGCAUCUACCUGGAGAAUGUACACAUGCGCACACACCACCCACAGGCACAGCAGAGCACCAUUGAGGAAGGGAAACAGAACGAAGGGGAGGAGCAGCAGCAGCAACAGUCACAGUCACGGGCACCGGCGCGGGCACAGUCCCAGAGUGUUCCGGGCAGCCCCAGGGCCAAGGAGGGCGAGGGUGGCCAUAUCUGUCGCAUCUGUGGCCGCACCUUUGCCCGCGCCCGCUACCUCACCUCACACCUGCACACACACUCCCGCCGCGCCUCAUACGUGUGCUGCCCAAGGUGUCCACGUAUGUUUGUGUCACAGCAAACCCUCAAGGUGCACCAGGACACCUUCCACAGGCAGGAUGGAGAGCAGCAGCAGCAGCAGCAGCCAUCAUCCUGAGGGCUGUGUGGCGACCAUCCUCCCUUGUAUUCAGGACAAAUACACUUAUCACAACACAA